AUGACCGAUUGGGGACCGACCUUGUGUGUAACUGGGCCAUUAACUCCGAUGUCUAUAUGCAUAUCUUUAGGAAAAUUUUUCUUUUUCGGGAACUACAAAAAUCCUUGCUGGAGACAGAAGUCGGUUCUCUACUGCUUGCCAUAUUUCUACUUAAUGGGAGUGCCGAAGUGUGGAACAUCAGACUUGUACAGAAGAAUAGUGAAGCAUCCUCUGAUAUCUGCCAACGUGCAAAAAGGCAAUCAUUGGAUCGCCAGGCGUCGCUUUGAAAAUCUACCCGCACUAUCGGAUUACUUGCACGUCUUCGAAAAUACCGUGAACACAGACAUAACUGGGAUUUUGACACGAACAGGUUUUCACAACGCGAUUUUUGGUGAUUUUACUCCUUCCGUAAUAUGGGACCACAGAGGCCUUUUGAGCGAAGCAAUAUGGCGAAAUAUGACGGAACCCCCAUAUACAAACGCUGACUUGAUUAAACGCUUAAAUCCGAAUGCUAAGAUAAUCGUGGCCAUUCGAAAUCCAGUAGACAGGUCUGAUAACUUAAAACCUGACUUUUUUCACAUGAUAAUAAUUAUAUUCGUAUUUUUUCCUGAUCAAGUUAACUCCGAAUAUCUGUUCUUUAAAGAAACUGACGACAGUCCUGCUGAUUUCCAUACACGUGUUGUUAACUCUACGAACAACAUGUCCCAGUGCUUAAAAGACUAUGGCAUACGAGCAUGCGUUUACUUCGGUAGACCAAACAUGUAUUACCGUGAAAUGUAUCAGAACAUUUUCACGUUCUUAGAUGUUGGACCAAUCUCAGACAAGAAACUGUUCCAGGAAAUCAUAUCAAAUACGAAAUAUAAUAAACGGACAAAAGCCGAUCAAAAACUUGGAGACAUGCUGCCAGAAACUCGAACACUUUUAUCUAAUUUUUACAAGCCUUACAAUCAACGCCUAGCAGUUCUGCUAGGAAGUGAAUUUGAUUACAAUCGAGAAUGAUCUUCAACACUAUUAACUUUUUGAUGGGAAUUAGCUACAUAUUAACAAUAUUAUUGUCUUAAUUAAAACCAAAAUAACAUUUUCCGUCAAGAAAAAAAAGAAAAUGAACGAUUUGACGAAAUGAAAAACUAAUUCAAGUACUCAGACUUAUCCUGUACGCUAGAAAAACAUGUCAUAUAUCACAUUUCAUGUAAAUUUGGCAGCAAAGGACCAAACGAAUUCAGCAAAAUAAUAGCCACUCUACCUCACACCCGCUUAGCUCAGUAGGUAAGAGCGUUGGUCUACGGAUCGCGGGGUCGUGAGUUUGAUCCUCGGGCGGGGCGUAUGUUCUCCGUGACUAUCUGAUAACGACAUUGUGUCUGAAAUCAUUAGUCCAUCACCUCUGGUUCAUGUGGGAAAGUUGGCAGUUACUUGCGGAGAACAGGUUUGUACUGGUACAGAAUCCAGGAACACUGGUUAGAUUAACUGCCCGCCGUUACAUGACUGAAAUACUGUUGAAAAACGGCGUUAAACCCAAAACAAACAAACAAACCAAUAGCAUAUUAUUUAGAAUUAGGUUUUGUAGGACUAUUUGUUUUCUUUAAAGAUCAGGGUUAAGAUACAAUAAUACAUCAUUUCGUAAAUAUUGUUCCAAAAAUUUAACAGGCCUAACAGUAUUGUUGGACUUUAACAAGAAUUAAGUGACUUUGAAAUCAAAAUAUGAAUUGUAAUUAUAACAUUUUCAAACAGAAACAGUAGUGCAAUGCAGUAAAACUGGUAUAUUUCCGAACAAGUGACACGCUUGAAAAAUCUUCCUAUUGCAGUACUGUAAUUGUUUCCAUAUAUUGGUCCCUCUGAGCCGUAGUUUAGGACGCAGAGAUCGUCACCUUUUUGAAGCUGCAAUACAACUGCCUGGCUCAUUGUUCCAUACUCAGAUUGUGUCUGUCUCAUACAUCAAUGGUAUUCUUUGUCCAUUUUUUUACAAACUGUGCUUGAUAUUUUGAAAAAUAAUGUGAAAGAAUGGUUGUACAGUAGACAUACCAGGAGCUGGAGCAACGAAGGAACCAAAAUGACUGUUGUAGCCGUUUCCGAUGUUUGUUUCCACAUUGUCAAAGACAGUAGGUUGGUGCGACCCAACACUAGUUGAAAGAUGAAUGAAUGUAGCAAAGAAGGCGACUGUGAUUUGUAACUUGUAAGUUGUAAGUUGAAAAAUCAAAUCUUGAUAACGUGAUAAAUAUUAAACUUUACUUGAAUUUGUGUUUUUCUCAAACUGAGAAUUUACUUUUCAGCAAAUCACCAAAUCAUUGACGGCGAUUUCGUUGCUGGCUAUAUAAAUAUUUCACCUGUCACACAAAACCAAGUCGUACCUUUAUCAUUUCAGUGAAUGGGGUCACUCAAGCUGCGGUGAAUAUGUUCAACGCUUCCAAGAAUAUUAGUCGCUUUGAAUAUGCUUAACACGUCCAAAGGUUCUUGUCGAGAUGAAUAUGUUAAAUGCUUUAAUACGCUUCCAGAGGCUCUUGUUGCGGCGAAUUUGCUCAACGCUUCCAGGCGUUUUAGUAACGAUGAAUAUGUUCAAUGCUUCCAGGGGGUUCUAGUUCCGUCAAAUACGCUUAACGCUUCCAGGGGUUCUAGGUGCGUCAUAUUAUGCUCAACGCUUCCAGGCGUUUUAGUUAUGAUGAAUAUGUUCAAUGCUUCCAGGGGUUCUAGUUCCGUCAAAUACGCUUAACGCUCCCAAGAAUUCUAUGUGCGUCAUAUUAUGCUCAACGCUUCCAGUGGUUCAAGUUUCGUUGAAUAUGCUCAAACGCUACUAAGGCUUCUAGUUACGUUGAAUAUGCUCAGUGCUACCAGGUGUUCUAUUCCAUUGAAUCUGCAAAAUACCUCCAGGGGUUGUAUUUGCGUUGAAUAUUUUCAAUGCUUCAAUACUUCUUAGAUUAUUAAUUUCAUACUUAUUAGUUGCUAUUUACUAUAUGCAUCGUGUAAUUAUCUUGAGGCCCGUAUUUCCUACACUCUUACUAGUUACGACUCAUUGUUUAUAUUUAUUUUUCAACAACUUGUUUACACACAAACAUAUUUCUUUGUCAUUUCUUAAACGAACG